GGUUUUUACUCCCUGGAGUCUGAUCGUGGCUGUUGGACUGAGGAUAAGUCUGUUAGCCCCAACUGUUGCUGCGCUCUCCGAGUUGCUGUUGUCGGCAACCGCCUGUUCGUCUGCCGUGCAGUAUCGACCGACACUGCCGUACCGCACAUCCGGUUCACCGGCGAUCGUGUGCUUCCUCUCGGUUUAGCAAGUGGAUUUGGGAUUGGGAAACCGUCUCAUGCUUACACCCACGGUGGUAGCCGUGAUAAUCAGGAAACUAGUCUUGGUAUAUACAAUGGUAAAAAAACAACUAUAGCAAAAUUCCCUUUCAUGGUUUCCGUAUUAGUUAAAAAUGUUCACUUUGGCUCUGGAGUGAUUUUAAAUACUCACUGGAUACUCACUACUGGCUUCAACGUUAACUGGUACCCAUUAAAAGAUCUAUCGUUCCGAGUGGGAAGUACCAACUGUGAGAAGGGCGGCCAGCUCUUCACUGCAGACAAGGUUUUAGCGAACGAGAACUACACUGGUUCCUGGGACUACGACAUCGCAGUUGUCAAGCUCAACAAGCCCAUCAAGUUUAGCAAGUACGUCAAACCCAUCAAGCUCGGCACUGCGAGCCUCAAGCCGACGACUAAGGUUGUGAUAGCGGGAUGGGGACCAGAGUCAAAAUCUGAAAUCCAGUCGAUGACUUUGCUGACAGCUAAAGUGACAGUGUACGCCCAGAAUCAAUGUGAAAGAACGUACUCCUCCGAUCUGACACCGAGACUAAUGUGUACAUAUGACACAAAUGUUGGUCCUUGUGCUUCUGACUUCGGAGAUCCUCUGGUGUACAAGAAUGCAGUGUACGGACUGUACGCCGGUGCUUACAACUGUCUCUCUGACCCUGCUGUGUACGUGAAUGUGCCUAUAUUGGUCGACUGGGUCAAAAGUGUCAUUAAGGAGUAA